AUGGACAUCAAGGCGGAGACGAAGGCGGGGUGGAGGACGCCGGCGUCGAUGGUGCUGGUGCAGCUGAUCAUCACGGGGAAUAUCCUGCUGUCCAAGGUCUCCAUCGGGGGCGGCAUGGUCAUCUUGGUGCUACUCGCCUACGCCAGCCUCUUCGGUGCUGCCUUCAUCCUCCCCUUGGCGCUCAUCAACGAAAGGGGCAAGUGGAGGGAGAUGGGCUGGCACGCCACUGGAUGGAUCUUCCUCAACGCCUUCAUCGGGUACGCACUGCCGAUGAGCUUAUACUACUAUGGCCUCCUUGAUACAACACCGUCUUAUGUUGUCAUCUUUCUAAACCUAAUUCCACUGGCCACCUUCAUCCUCUCAGUCCUCUUCAGAAUGGAGACGUUGCGAAUUUGGAGUGCGUUUAGAUCACUGAAGGUUGCAGGUGUUCUGUUCUCUGUUGGAGGCACGAUGCUCAUCAGCCUUUACAAGGGCAAGGCGUUGCAUCUCUGGAAUCCCAUCCUAAAGAUCCACCCCAAGGAACAGACACCUGAGGGUGCAAGCAAUCAACUAAGAGGUACAAUAUUCUUACUAGGCAGCAGCUUCACAUUUGCUUGCUGGUACCUGCUCCAGUCAAAGGUUCUCAAGGUGUAUCCAUACAAGUAUUGGUCAUCCAUGGCGACAUGCUUGGUUGGAGGACUCCAAACAGCAAUAAUUGGAAUAAUAUUGAAUACAGACAAGAAGGCAUGGAAGCUAGGAUGGGAUUUCGACCUUGUGACCAUCUUGUACUCGGGAGCACUUGCAACAGCAGGGAAAUAUUGCUUGAACUCAUGGGUUGUGGCCAAGCGAGGCCCAACAUAUCCUCCCAUGUUCAACCCAUUGUUUGUGGUAUUCACAAUUUUGCUGGCCUCCAUCUUCAUAGGUGAUGAAAUUACAGUCGGAGGCCUGCUCGGUACAACCAUGGUGCUUGUUGGGCUAUACACUUAUCUUUGGGCAAAAUCAAAAGAAGUACGUGAUGAAUAGAUCUCAUCGGUUGAAGGCAGAGUUCUUGUAGCUGCAAAAAUGACAACAUUUGUACUUCUAUACAUGAAGAUCAUAAUACGUUAGAUGGAAGAUUACAAGGUUUAUUUUAGGACGCCAAACUAUCUAUCCAAC